AAAGUGUGAUGUUUGAGGUAUUUUGCAAUGGCAUUUGUUUUUUCCUACAUUGAUAAACAAAUAGCACAAAAAACAAAAAUGGAGAUUAAAAGUGAAUACAGAAUUUUGAUUGGCAAGCCUGAAGGGAAGAGACUACUUGGAAGACCUAGAUGUAGAAGGUAGGACACUGUUCAAAUAUCUCUUGUGAAUGUGGUGCAUUUGAGUUCCAUAAAAUGGAAUUUCUGAGAAGUGACUGAGAGUAGUGUGAAGUGUGUAAGUUGGUACUGUGAAAUCAAGAAUGAUACUUUCACAGUGACGGUAUAAUUUGGACCAAAGAUGGGAAUCGCACAGAUCAGAAGAUUUGAGAUUCUAACAGUGGUAAAGAUGUUUGUGGUCUUCUAGGCCUCCUGUCCAGUGGGUACCAAGGGUCCCUUCUCCAGGGGUAAAGCAUGACCUAGGCUUGAUGCUGAUCACUGCUGUGGUUGAGAAUGAGUAAGAGCUAUACCUCCUCUCCCCUGUGUGCCUACAUGACGCUUAAUGGGGGUGGCUUUAAACACCUGAUCAGUCCAGCUUGUGGGACUGCUCUCAGCCCUUACUGAGACUGAAUUAAAAUCAAUGAAUAAAAGGUACAUUUCUGGCACUUAAUUUGUAGGCACAAAUGUCAUAAUCUAGUGGGCGGUCAUGAAGAUUAAAUUAGGCACCAAAUCAUUCAACAUUCUGUACAUUCCUCCAAUCCAGGGAACCUCCAUUAUUCAAUGACAUUGACAUCAGCAUUGCUAAUCAAUUAUGAUUACCACAUUCCUUUCUCCAGUUGAGGUUAAUUACCUUUGUGAGCUGUUGAUCAGAAAUUCACAGUAAUAAGAAUUUAUAUUAAUGGACUUAGUUUCAGUUUUCACUUUUCUAUUACAUUACUAUGUUGGCAGUACCUGUACAACUACUUUUGAUGUAAAUACAUCUAUAUGGAAGGGUCAUUCUACAAAAAAGUGUUAUGAAAAAGUGACAGGAAAAUGUGUAAGAUGGUUACCUAGGAAAUAUCAACAAUUUGUAAAGAUGGACUGACAAUAAUGGCCAAUUUGCAUGCAUUGUUAUGUUACCUAGGAAACGUCAUCUGUUUACUCGGCAUUGUUGUGUUACAUUACUGCCGUCAACAAUCCGUUUCGUUAUUGCGGAAAGAGCUGAGCUGUGAAUCGCUUGUAGAAGAAGUGCGUCGUAGAGUGGAUAAUUUUGUGCUGGUGAUGCAGUGAUACAAUUCCAGGGUUGUGAUGACAGCAUGUCAUACCAUGUAGUAACUCGAGAAAUGGAGAUAGUUGAAGAAGAACUCGAGAAAAAGACAGCCAUAGAGGAAGAGAGGCUUAAGAAGGAAAUUGAAGAGGAAAAGGAAGAGAAUGAAUUGAAGGAACAGCGGUACAAGAGAUUGAUGCAUUUGCUAACCCGCAGUCAGUUUUAUACGGAUUUUAUGGUAAAGAAAUUGGAUUCACGAAAGAAAGAAUUAACAAAGAAACGUAUUCGUCGUCAUAAAGUUGAGGUGCCGAAUGGAGAAGCGAAUGGUGAGAGAAAAGCUUGUAGUAUUAACACGCACAAUCUGCGCGAACGAAAUGAGAACGGCUCGUCACAGUCUUCAGGCGGUGGUUCCCCUGUGAGGAAAGUUGUCACCAGAUCAAAGGGUUCAGAGAAUGUUACAAGAGCUAAGCGGAAACUAAACACGUACGAUAUUGGAGACGUUAUAGACUCUGCGACUAUCACUGGCAUGGAUAAAAAGGCCAAAUUGGAUACCAAAACAGAUUCUUCACAAAGUGAAGACCUGGACCAGCAAGAACAGACAGAAGCGAUAAGAGAAACAGCGUAUGGAUGUGUGGUAUCUGAACGUCAGCCUCUCCUGUUUGAGGGAGGAGCCUUAAGACCAUAUCAGCUCGAUGGACUAGACUGGCUCAAGGUGUUGUAUGAAAAUGGUGUCAAUGGCAUCCUGGCAGAUGAAAUGGGCCUUGGAAAAACACUUCAAGUAAUUGCACUCUUCUGUCACUUAAUUGAGAUGCAUGUGACAGGACCAUUCCUUGUUGUUGCUCCACUCUCUACGUUACCUAACUGGAUGCUAGAGUUUGAGAGGUUUGCGCCACAGGUACGUGUACUCCUCUUCCAUGGGAAUGAAAACAAGCGCUAUGAAAUGUAUCCACUCCUGCGUAAGAAGAACAAAGUGAAUGAUAUAGCUGUAUGCCCUGUUGUGUUGACAUCGUUUGAAAUCCCACUGAGAGAAAAGAUACUACGAAAUAUCAGAUGGAGCUAUAUUGUUGUGGACGAGGGGCAUCGGCUCAAGAACUACAAGUGCCUGCUGGCUAGAGAGCUGAAGGAGUAUCGUACUGGGAACCGACUACUGUUGACGGGCACUCCGCUUCAGAAUAAUCUGUCUGAGCUGUGGUCGUUACUUAAUUUUUUGCUGCCAGAAAUCUUUGAUGAUUUAGCAGUGUUUGAGUCAUGGUUUGAUGUAUCUGAACUACAGCAGUCUGGUAGCAGCGAGAAGAUCAUCAACCAGGAGAAACAGAAAAAUGUGUUGUCAGUGAUGCACCAGAUUCUUCUACCUUUCCUUUUACGCCGUGUGAAAGCUGAUGUUGCUCUCAACAUUCCACCAAAGAAGGAAUUGCUUGUGUAUGCCCCAAUGUCACCUCUACAGCUGGAUCUGUAUCGAGCCACAGUGGAACACAACUACAGCAAACUAUUGAGAAAAGCUGAGGAGAGUCUUAUUAUUCCUGACCAGCCAGAUGGUAAACGUGCAAAGCGCAAGAUCCACAGUCGAAAACAUCACUCCAUUGAUCUUGUGGAAAGUAAUGAUGAAUUUGAUGGACAGUCAAAUGUAAGUGCGGAUUUUAAUAUUGAAGUAGAAGAUAAAGAAGAUAAGGAUUAUAAAAUCAUGUUAAAGAUGAUACAGCCGAUGAUGCAGCUGCGUAAGAUUGUCAAUCAUCCAUAUUUGGUGCACUUUCCACUUGUGCCAGGAAAGAAUGAGCUCAGGGUAGAUGAGGAAUUGGUGAACAAGUCAGGAAAACUUCUGGUUCUCGAUGCUAUGCUGGUAAAACUCAAGCAGAGAGGUCAUAAGGUGCUGUUGUUCUCUACAUUCACAUCUCUGCUUGACUUGUUGGAGGACUACUUACUGAUGAGGGAUUAUAAGUAUGUCCGUUUGGACGGGUCUACCAAGGUCGAGGACCGACAGAUACGGAUCAAGGCAUUCAACACUGAUACACGCCUCUUCAUAUUUCUCAUCUCAACUCGUGCAGGUGGUCUGGGAAUCAAUCUUACUUCUGCUGACACUGUCAUUAUCUAUGACAGUGAUUGGAACCCACAAGUGGAUUUGCAAGCCCAGGAUCGUUGUCAUCGCAUUGGUCAGACUCGCCCUGUUGUGGUGUAUCGAUUUGUAACGGCUGCAACUAUCGAUGAGCAGAUUGUGGAGCGAGCUGCUGUGAAGAGGAAAUUAGAGAAGAUGGUGAUCCAUAAAGGCUUAUUUAAGCUUGACAAAAAAGGACAGCAAGACGUAAUCAAUCUUCGAGAACUGCUAGACCUUCUUAAUUCUCGUGACCACCAAAAAGUGAUACAUUCUAAUGGUUAUGUAUUUACCGACGAGGAGUUAGAUGCAUUGCUGGAUCGCAGUGAUAUGCUGUCUGCAUCACCUGAAUCAUCAGACACUGGAACCCAGAUGAAGAUAAAAGGUGCCAACAUUUACAAGGUUGUUGACCAGCAGUGCAGAGAUCCAGAACUUAAAUAGUUGAGGUGAAGGUGUGUCAGUGCCUUAAAAACAUAAUUUUAACAGGAAGGAGGUUGCUGCAUGUCAUCAGAAGGCUUAUCAAAGGAAAAUAAAGCAUUCUGAAGCUUAUUUUCUAGCUGUCAUAUUCAUAUAAAAUGUAUAGCUCUUCAAGAUGUUUGAAACAGUGAGUUCCAGCUGUACAGGAAUGCAGUGUCUGUAUUCAGAGAAAGGUCGUAAACUCGCGGCAGUCCACUUCAUUAUGUAUGUAUAUUUUCCUUUGGUCAUUCUUCCAGAAACUGUUCAUAAGUGUUAUUUUUAUGGCACAGUUAGUCAAGUGAUCGUAUUAUAAAUAUUAUAACUUUUCAUAGUGUAAUCCAUUUGUGGCUGUAAUUGGCUGGCUUCUCUUUGUUGACAGUUACAUUUGAAUUGUGUUACAACAUU